CAGCAAUCAGCCGACUCAACAUUAUGAUCUGGGUAGUGAUUGAUUGAUUGAUUGAUCAUUGUGUUAGAAGAUGACAUCUUCUUUGGAGGGUUUUGAGCCCAUAGCUAUUUCCCCAAAUAAACAAGACCCAGGAUGGAAACACUGUCAAGUUCUCAUUAAAACUGGGGACACAAGGGUUGAGGUUAAGAAGUGUUUGUAUUGUGGCAAACUGUUUCAGGGUGGAGGGAUUAGUAGGCUUAAAUUUCACCUUGCUGGUAGAAAAGGAAAUGGCCCAAUUUGUGAUCAGGUCCCUCCCGAUGUUCGUGUUUUGAUGCUGCAGCAUCUGGAUGAAAAGAUUGCAUCUUCUAGGCAUAGAAAGAGUCAAGUGGGUGCGAACUUGAGUCGUAGUUUUAGUGGAUUAGGCAAUGUGCUUACUGAGAAUGAAGAUACCAGAUUGGCUGGAGGACCCGAUUUGGUGAUUCGUGAGGAAAAUGUGGGAAUCAGUGGUGAUAGUAUGACUGAUGUGCCUCUUGAGGUUGAUGAUUGUUUCAGGAGUGAUGGUUUAGAGGGACUGACUAGUGUGCCUCUUGCAAUAGUUGACUCUUAUAAGGGUAAUGCGCUAGGGAGAAAAGUUGGAGUACUGAAUUCAAGUUUCUUGGAAAAUCGAGAGGAGGGUGUUGAUAGGCGAGUAGGGUGGAAGGGUGGAAAUUCUUUUGUAGCUAGUGGUGCUGGUUUGGGUUCUGGUUCUGCUAAUGCUAUCAGAUUGAGUCAUGUCCCAGCUCCUAUUCAUAGUGAGGUAGACAAUCCACUUGUCAAAAUCACAAGUCACAGAUCAGGUGGUUAUCCUGAUUCAAUUAUGUUACAUUUUCAAGCUGAAGUUGGCACAAGUAAUACAGAUGAGCAAAGUAGGAAGAGGGUUAGAUAUGAGAAUGGAUCAAUGGCUGCCAAUGCUGCGACUAUAGGCAACAAUGGUAAAGUUGAAAAGGCAACCAGUCAGCAGCAGGUUCAGAUGGCCAUUGGACGGUUUCUUUACGAGAUUCAGGCUCCUCUGGAUGCCGUGAAGAGUUCUGUUUAUUUUCAGCCCAUGAUUGAUGCAAUUGCCUCCAGGGGACUAGAGUGUAAAGCACCCUCAUAUCAUGAUCUUCGCGGUUGGGUAUUGAAUGAUGCGGUUGAAGAAGUUAAGAAUGAAGUUUUUCAGCACACAAAUUCUUGGGAAAGGAAUGGUUGCACUCUUCUAGUAAACCAAUUGAACACCGAAAAGGGUAGGAUGUUGCUAAAUUUCUCAGUGUACUGUCCUGAAGGAACAACAUUUUUGAAAUCUGUGGAUGCAUCCAUAUUAAUAAAUUCUCCAGAUGCUUUGUACGAGAUCCUUAAGCAAGUAGUGGAAGAAGUUGGAGUUGUGCGUGUUUUGCAAGUAAUUACAAAUAGUGAAGAGCACUAUGUUAUUGCUGGGAAGAGGUUGAUGGAUACGUUCCCCACGCUGUACUGGUCUCCCUGUGCAGCUGCUUGCAUAAAUUUGAUACUAGAGGAUUUUGGAAAAGUUGAGUGGAUAAACUCCAUAGUAUCACAGGCUAGAUCUGUUACAAGGUUUAUUUAUAAACACGUCUUUCUUUUGAAUAUGAUGCGGAGGUAUACUUUUGGAAAUGACAUUGUGAAGCCGGGAGUAACUCGGUAUGCUACAGACUUUAUGACUUUGAAACAAAUGGCUGACCUUAAAUUUAAUUUGCAGACUAUGGUUACUUCAAAAGAAUGGGAAGGGUGCCCUCAUUCUAAAACACCAGAAGGAUCAGCAAUGCUGGAUUUAUUGACUAAUCACACAUUUUGGUCUUCGUGCAUUAUGAUCGCGCGAUUAACAAAUCCACUUUUGCAAGUCUUGAGAAUCGUUGGUAGCCAGAAGAAGGCAGCAAUGGGAUAUGUUUUUGGAGGAAUGUAUCGAGCAAAAGAAACAAUCAAGAGAGAAUUUGUCAAGAAAGAAGAAUAUACAGCUUACUGGAAUAUCAUAGAUUAUAGGUGGCAGAAACUAUGGGAUCUUCCGCUUCUUGCUGCUGGUUUUUACCUUAAUCCAAAGUUUUUCUAUAGCAUCAAGGGAGACAUGAACAAGGUGAUUAUGUCGAAGAUGCUGGACUGCAUAGUGAAAUUGGUCCCAGAUUUGAAAAUUCAAGACGAAAUUAGCAAAGAGAUAACCUUUUACCAAAAUGCUGUUGGAGAUCUGGGGAGGAAUUUGGCAAUUAGAGCUAGAGAAAAUCUGCUUCCUGCUGAAUGGUGGUCUACAUAUGGCAGUGGUUGCCCAAAUAUGGCACGUUUGGCAGUUCGAAUUCUCAGUCAAACGUGCAGCUUAGUUCAGUGCAAGGAGAAUCAGAUUCCUUUUGAUCAGUUACACAAGACAAGGAACAGCUUAGAGCAUCAACGUCUAAGUGAUUUUGUCUUUGUUCAGUACAACUUGCAACUAAGACAGACAGAGCACGAGUAUGUGGAUUCUAUGUCAUUUGACAACAGUAGCGUUGUUGAAGAAUGGGUAACAGAGACCGAAAUGUACCUAGAAGACAAUGGCAGUACUGAUUGGAAGGCAAUUGAUCCACCCUCUUAUAAUUCAAGGCUUUUGGAACUUUCAGCUGAUGAAUGUGACUUGGGUUCAGGAUUUGAUGACAACGAGAUUUUCUUUGAUGGAUUGCAAGUGGUCAAAGAAGAAGGCAGAGCAUAAUGUCCCUAAGCUGAUGGGCCAGACUUCAUACACAAUCUGACAAUCUUUACUAUUAAUGACCCCUUACCUUCAGAUCCAUCAAAGAAGGUACUGUAACAAAGUAACAUGUGUAAAUAUACUCUCUUUAAAAAAAUAUAGUAGUAUUCCUGUAGAAGU